AUGUCGCUAACGGUACGUUUACCACAUGACUUGGAGAAACAUGACUUGGGAUCUAUAAAUGACUUGCGGGUGCGCGAAUUAGAAAGCAUUCUUAGUGAGGAUGCUAAUAAUAUGGAUGCAUGGAAUCAACUAUUGAGUACGUUUGAUUUAUGGAUAAGUUCGAGUCAAGUUGAUGGUAGCCAAUCCAAAUUACUGGAUGAACACAAACGGAAAAUACGAGACGUAUAUAAAAGCCUUUUAUCACGUUUCCCCAAUUUAGAAGAGAUUUGGAAGAAAUGGCUGAUUGUUGAGUUCAAGAUGGAAGGAGUCGAGGCUUCGGUAGAUGUCCUAAGAAUAGCAGUGGAAAAUUUCCCUCAUUCUGUUGAUCUAUGGGUGGACUAUCUAGCUGCAUUGAAAGCAACAACAAAGAAAAAUGAAGAUUUGGAUCAGGGGGAAACAACAACAAAGAAGAAUGAAGAUUUGGAGGAGGAGGAGCAAAAAUAUAGAUUUGUUUUUACAAGAGCUUUGGAGCAUAAUGGUUAUCAUUUCAAUUCGCAUCCAAUAUGGGACAAAGCCAUUGAAUUUGAAACGGCCAUUGCUAAACAACUGCAGAAUAGCUCAAGCAAACUAUUGGAGCUAUAUCUCAAAGUUAUAAGGAUCCCCUUGUAUCAAUAUGCUCAAUACUAUACCCAAUUCUCAGAAAUUAAUAAGAACUUUGAUAUACAAAACUUGAUAAGUGAAAAUGUCUUGUGCGAGUACAUGGAGAAGUUUGGUAAACCAAAGCUUGAGGAUCUAUCUCUUAUUGAAAAACAUCAGAUUAUAGACGAUUAUUUUGCUGGAGUUUUUGCUUCGACACAAGCUAAAGUAAGCGCAAAUUGGGAGUAUGAACAAUCCUUGAUGAAUCAAAAGUUCUCAACUGAUAGAAUAGAAAUUGAAUUGGAAAAGAAAACUUGGAUAAACUACAUUGACAAAGAAAUCGGUGCUUAUGAAGUAUCACAUGAUCUAGAUCAAUUUAAUCUCGUUUGCAAUUUAUUUGAAAGAGCCUUGGUGCCGAACUGCUUCGAUAGCAACCUCUGGCUCAAGUAUAUCAACUUCAUUACAUCCUCGUUUUCCUCCUCAUCUUCCUCAAAUUUACCACUCGAUAGGAAGUUUGAUUUACAACAAGAACUUUAUUUGCGAGCCAACUCCAGAUUUAUACCUUUAGACCAAAAUGAACUACGGAUAAGGUAUGUGGAAUUCUUGUUGGAAAAUGAUAAACCAGACAUGGCCAAUGAGUAUCUUUUUGACUGGAUUAAAUUGUUUAGUGGCAAUUUGAAAGUUUAUUAUAAAUCACCAUACAUUCAGAUGUCACAAGAACUAUUAAAGUUGUGGAAAAGGCUACUAAGUACAUCUAAAUACCAACAUGUGCUAGAAUCUUUGAUUAAAAUUUACUUUCAAAAAGGGAGCAAAGCCAAAAAAUUAAAAGUAAGUAAUAAUGAAUCCAAUGGAGAGCCUAAAGCGAAGGAGAAUACAACCAGUUUUGAUCUCCUGGAAGAUUUUAUUUUGCUUUUUGCAAAGUUUUUGAAUGAUGACUCUGUACCUCUAGUGGUUGUAUCUUGCUUAAACAUUUACAAGAGUCAGAAUGACAGGGACAGAAUUAGAAAUCUAUUCAAUGAGUACUAUGACGAAUACAGCCUUAAAAAAUCAGCAGCUUUUUGGAAGUUUAUGUUUAAGUUUGAAGGCAUUCACGAAGGCCACUUGCAAAACCUCAAAACAGUUUAUAACUUUAUCAAAACCGAAGCUCAGCUACCAAAAGCCCUUGUGGAUGCGUUUUCAGAUUGGUAUUACGACUUUGCAUCAGCAAAUGUUAAGGGACUUUUGGACUUGAAUAAGGGUCAUUCAGAUAGAACGAUGAUUUUAAAAGAUUUGAACCAAUCAAAUUCCAUCUUUUAUAAUAAAUCCCUUCGCAACCGUCAAUCCAAAAAUAACUAUAGAAUCAAAUUGUCGAAAACAAGAACAGAGAACGGAAUGGAUCAAGCUGUGCUUGAUUAUUUCGCCAGUCAAGCUGGCCAUCCUGGCGCAUUUCAUGAUGGAACUCCAGAAAUCACAAAUAAUUUUAUGACAGAAAGUAACUUUAUUGACCUCGCAAAGAAAGAUGUUCCAGUGCCAACAUAUCCAACGUUUAAAAACGUUGAAAAAGCUGCAUCUGCCGUUAGAUAUUUAGAAGACUAG